GGAACGUCGCCACCGUGGCUGCGUUGGUUGACGGGAGCAGGAAAAUAUGGCGGAUGUGGCGGAGCCGGAGAAGAAAAGAAGGAAAGUAGAAGAGCACACUGACAAAAUGGCUGUUGAUGGUGGGUAUGGGGACACUGGAGACUGGGAAGGUCGCUGGAAUCACGUGAGGAAGUUCCUUGAACGUUCAGGACCAUUCACUCAUCCUGACUUUGAACCAAGUACUGAAUCACUCCAGUUCCUUCUAGAGACCUGCAAAGUUCUAGUUAUUGGAGCAGGAGGUUUAGGAUGUGAACUCCUUAAAAAUCUGGCUCUCAUGGGCUUCAGACAAAUAAGUGUCAUUGAUAUGGAUACAAUUGACGUUUCUAAUUUGAACAGACAAUUUUUAUUUCGACCAAAGGAUGUAGGAAGGCCAAAAGCUGAAGUAGCUGCUGAGUUUAUUAACAAUCGAAUUCCUGGUUGCAACGUAGUACCACAUUUUAAAAAGAUACAAGAUUUUAGUGAAUCCUUUUACAGACAAUUUCAUAUCGUUAUUAGUGGAUUAGAUUCUGUCAUCGCCCGACGAUGGAUCAAUGGGAUGUUGAUAUCACUGCUGAACUUUGAAGAUGGAACACUAGACCCAAGCUCCAUUAUACCAUUGAUUGAUGGUGGGACCGAAGGGUUUAAGGGUAAUGCACGUGUUAUAUUGCCAGGACUGACAGCAUGUAUAGAGUGUACACUGGAAUUGUACCCUCCUCAGAUUAACUUUCCCAUGUGUACUAUUGCUUCAAUGCCCAGGCUUCCAGAACACUGUAUUGAAUAUGUCAGAGUUUUGCAGUGGCCAAAAGAAAUCCCGUUUGGAGAGGGCGUUGCGCUGGAUGGUGAUGAUCCCGAGCAUAUACAGUGGGUUUUUCAGAAAUCACUUGAAAGAGCUGCUCAGUUUAACAUAACUGGUAUAACAUAUAGGCUUACUCAAGGUGUUGUUAAGAGAAUUAUCCCUGCAGUAGCAUCUACCAAUGCAGUAAUUGCAGCUGUAUGUGCAACUGAAGUCUUCAAAAUUGCAUCAAGUGCAUAUAUUCCUCUGAAUAACUACUUGGUGUUCAAUGAUGUUGACGGCCUUUACACAUACACGUUUGAAGCAGAACGUAAGGAAAACUGUCCUGCCUGCAGUCAGGUACCUCAGGACCUGCAAUUUUCACCAUCUGCAAAACUUCAAGAACUCCUAGAUUACUUGACUCAAAGUGCUUCACUACAAAUGAAAUCUCCAGCUAUCACUGCAACUUUGGAUGGAAAGAAUAAAACACUGUAUUUACAAACUGUAGCAUCAAUUGAAGAAAGGACAAGAUCAAAUCUUUCAAAAACUCUGAAAGAAUUAGGCCUUACAAAUGGACAGGAAUUGGCAGUGGCUGAUAUAACAACACCUCAGACAGUGAUUUUCAAACUCCAUUUCACCACUUGACUGAUUGUGAAAACAUUCUGAGCAAAUUAUAUAAAAAUGCUUUUAGGAGAAGUAUUGAUAUGUUUAUCAGUGUACUAGACUUUGUCACUUUCUAACAGACUUGGAUUUAAACUGCAAUACCUUUGCUGGUAUCACAUCAGACCGUAAAUUGCUGAGGGUGCAUUGUAUAUAUUAUGUUUGAAAUGGGAUAUGAACGGAGUCACCAAUGUAUCGUGUAGGAAUGACAUAUUUAGGAAACUGGGGCAUGUCAUUCCUUUUCUUAAUUUCAUCCAUUGUAAUUAUUGAGUUAAGAUUGUUUUAAGACAGCAAGAAAUCAUAUUGUGUUUAAGUAAUUAUUUUUGUCAAAUUUUCAAGCAAGAUUUUGUUCUGUUACACAAUUCACAUUUUAUAUAUUUAUUGAAUGGAGUAUUAGCUUGAACAAAUGUGUCUGGUUUAUUUAAACUUGUAUUGCCUAAAGUCCUUAGUUAAUUAACUUAAAAUCUAGACUUGCAUUUCACAACUAGAAAAUUAUUCAGAUGUCAUAUAUUACAGUUUUUGGUUAUGAAUGGUUUUCUAAUGCUGUAAAGAAUGCUACUUUACGCCAAAAAUGUCUUUCCUCAUGAUGUGUAGUACUAAGAAGCCCCAUAUCAGAAACUGUUGUAACUUUUUUUUUAAAAAUUCUGAAAUGUACAGUAUCUUAUAUCCCUUUGAAAAUACUCCAAAAGAAGUUGAGAAUUCUAUAAUAAAAUGAGCAAUAAUUCUCUUGGACAGGGUUUGUGCAUUAACUAAUAACAACUUGUAAAGCUCUUUUGAUGUAAUAUGUCCCAGAUACUUAAUACCACUAUAGAACAGGUAUAUAUAACAAUAAAGUUCAAAGCAAUAAUCAGUCAGAUGAACAAAAGCCUGCUCAAAGUACUAGAUUUUAAGCGGUCUCAAGGACUAAAACAAUGUAGAGAGGCAGAGAGAUGUAGGAAGGAAAUUUCAGAGCUUACAGUUGAGGCAACUGAAGGCAAUAAGACAAGCAGUUAAAUCCAGAUGAGCAUAUAUAGCUGACAUCUUUGGGGCUGGAGAAGCUAACAGAGAUUGGAAAGGAUAAGGCCAUAGAGGGAUUUGUCAACAAAGCUAAGAAGUUUAAAAUUGAGAUUUCACCCAAUGUAGGAGAAAGUGAGGACUGCAGAUGCUGGAAUUUGAUGAAGAGCUUAUGCCCUAAUGUUGACUCUCCUGCUCCUCACAUGCUGCCUAGUCUGCUGUGCUUUUCCAGUGCCACCCUUUUUGACUGUGACCUAAUGUCGAUCAACAAACAAAGGGAUGGGUGAUACAGGGACAAGGUUUGCUGCAAAAAGACAAUGAUAGAAUGUUGGAUGGCCUCAAGUUCAUAGAAUGUUGGAGUACAGGAGGGCAUUGGGGUAGACAAGUCUAGAGGUAGUGAAAUAUGAGUGAGGGCUUCCGCAGUAAAGGGUCUGUGGAAUUUACGCCAGAGUGUGGUGGAUGUUGUGACACUAAGUAAAUUUGAGGAUGUGAAUUUUUAAUUAAUGCGUUUAAAUGUUAUGGGAGAGUAGGCAAGAAAGUGGAGUUGAGGCCGAGAUAUAAUCAACCAUGAUCAUAUCAAACGGUGAAGUAGGCUUCAGGGGUUUAAUUGCCAAUCCUUAGAUAGAUGAGUAGACCCACUCAGUUGGAGGAAAUUUGUGGGGUCAACUGUCAUAGUUUACUGACGAGUCAGGAAUAAUGAGGAAAGUUUACCUUUGUCAUAAUCAAUAGGAUAUAAUUUGUAAACGUUUUGAUAAGAGCCAUUUAGGUACAAUGAACAGAAACCGAACGAGGGAUUCAAACAUGAAGUUUCAGGAAGGAUAGCAAACUGAUUUGGGUGAUCGCAGCACUUUGCUUAGAAAGGACAAUUAGAGAUGAGAUUGUAGUUUGCAAGUACAGUAGGCUGAAGGAAUCUUCCUUUUUGGAAAGGAUUGUAGUGGCUAAUUUAAAGGAGAGUCCAAUAAUACGUAAAGAGAGAACCAUUUACAGUUUAGCUAAUAUUGAGAUGAGUAAAGUUGAUAUCUCUUUAGUGAGAAUAAGAUUGAUGGAGUAUGAGAUGGUUUUCAUGGACAAGAUGAUCAAAGAUUAGGAAAAUAGGCAAGAAACUAAAAUUUGGGCCAGUGGAAGGGAAGAUGUGACAGAGACAAAUGAUUGGGUGACUUUGAUCCAAGUCCAUGAGCUCUUCACACUUUGGGGUGAGUAGGAGGGCUGAUGGUACUUAAGCAUAUUCCAGAAUACACCUUUUUGGUAUAUGUGAACAGUGUACUAAAAAGGAAUGAAAAUAGGCAAUGCUUCAAGUUCUCAAUUUAGAUCACCAAAAGUCUCAAAACGUACAAGGCUUUAAGACAAAUGAUGGAAAAUGGACUCCAGUAAAUAGAUGAUUGAUUACCAGUAUGCAUGUAAUGGGCUGAAGGGACUCAUUCCACACUAUAAAACUCCAGGUCAGGCAGCAUUACCAAAGAGAGAUUUUUUUUAAAGGUUGAUGAACUUUUAAUUAAAACAAAAUUGCAUAGGUUUGUCCAUACUCAAGUUUAAGUUCCAAAGCAUCCACAGGUUUGGGAGCUUUACCUCUUGGUGACAGCUGCUAUAUGGGAGUCUUUAUAAUUUCAAAAGUACACUUUAUUCGCAAGAACAUUUUUAUAUACAUAUUCACUAAAGCUGUUCAGUUCUUACAAGUAGCAUAUGAAGAAACAAGCAAACAUUGGAGGCAUUUUCAUACUUGUGCAAGAUUAUAUUUGCAUAUCAGACCCUCCCAGUGUCUCAAAUGUAAUAGAUUCCACCCCCCCCCACAUUUAACUUGGGUAGAAAAAUCUCUGACAGUGAUCUUUCCCUACUGUGUCUUGACAGCAGCUGCCACAGACUUCAUUACAUUCCCCCACUAUGUAGUCCUAGACCUUGGGAUGCGCUCAAUCAAGCUUUACAAAAAGGAUCUGAUGGGUAAUAUCCUCUCACCACCAGCUAAAUGAUGUCUUGGUGUUUGUUGGAAAGUUCUGGAGGUGAACCUUGACAGUCUGCUCAGCGAGUAACCCAAUAGGAUCAAGUGUCUCCUUUUCCUGCAGAGUCUUGAUGCUGAAAUGUGAUACUUUCACUCACUUUAGAGUCCCGUGAUGACCACUGAAUGUUGCUGCUGAAAAAUAGGGCAAGGCGUGAAAAUAUUUGCAAAGUAGUUAGAGGAGCAAAGAGAAGGAACCAGGAAAAAUGGCAGAGAUCAUAAUUUACAGUCAUAAAAUCAUGUUAUCAGAUUAAUAGUUCAGGAACAUGUGUUUAAAUUCAAUCAUUGUUGAUAAUUAAAGUUCAUUCAUUAAAUCUAGAAGUAUUUGUAGUAUGAGUAAUGAUGACUGUUAAACUAUUGUCAUAAAAAUUCUAUAUGUCCUUCUAGAGAAGGAUCCUUGGUACCCUCACUCAUAAAGGUCUGCACAUGAUUUCACAAUAGACCCACAGUAACAUAGCUCACUUAUAUGGUCAUAGUCAUAAACUUAAAUAGCAUGGAAACAGUCUAUGUUGACUAUGUUCCCAAACUAGAUUCACUUGUCUACGUUUGACCCAUACCUUUCCAAACCUUUUCUAUUCAUGUACUUACCCAAAUAUCUUUUAAAUAUUGUAACUAUCUGCAUCCACCACUUCCUCUGGCUGUUUAUUUUACAUAUGAACUACACUGUGCUUAAAAAAAGUAGUCCCUUGUUCUUUUUAAAUCUUUCUCUUCUUACCUUAAAAUCAUGCCCCCUAACUUUGAAAUUACUCUCCCUUGGGAAAAGACCCAUGCUAUUCACCUUGUCUAUGCCACUCAUUAUUUUAUAAACAUCUAUAAUAUCACCUCUCAACCUCUCUCACUCCAGUGGAAAAAUGUCCCAACCUAUCUUCAUUACUCACACCUUCCCUAUUUCCCAGCAGCAUUCUGGUAAAUCUCUUCCGAAACCCCUGUAAUAUAAAAAAAUCCUUCCUGCAGCAGGGUGACCAGAGCUAUACACAAUAUUCCAGAAGAGGCCUCACCAACAUCCUGUACAAUUUCAACAUGACAUCCCAACUCCAGUGGUCUGAGCAACGAAAGCAAGUGUGGUAAACACCUUAAUGACCCCGUCAACAUAAAGAGACCCUGUCUCUUUAUUUAAAAACAGUAGAUGUUACAGCAGUUACAUGCACAUUCUGCAGUGGCUCAUAAAGGAGAUAGCUGCCACCUUUUCACUGGUUGACUAUAAAAUAAUGUCUAGAUUAGAGUGGUGCUGGAAAAGCACUGCAGGUCAGGCAGCAUCCGAGGAGCAGGGAAAUUGAUGUUUUGGGCAAAAGCCCAAAAACACUGUCCAUAACUAUAUCCAUGGAUAAAUGUAAAAGGCUAGUUUGGAAAGCCAAAUUGAGUAAUAGGGCAAGAAUAAAGGAGAAAAUAAUAUCAGCAUAUGGAAAUAUGUGAAACUAUAGUUAGGAAACACAGUUGCUAGAGUGUAUUUGGAAGAGAGAGGCUCACUUAAAAAGCACUGUUUAUGUAUGUUGAAAGUUGAUCAGCCCUUUGUAAUAGACACAUGGCAACUCCAGCAUGGAAGUGUUGCAAAUGUAACUGCUUUUAAGCAGUGCAAUUAUGAAUGUUAAGUAAGCAUCUUAUUAAAAUGAUGGUAGUAAAUACUUGAAAAUAAUAACUUUGCCAAGUAUAUUUUUGGUGCCAGUUUCCUUUCCCCUCAGCUGAUGACUUUUGCUAGAUUACAGUUUCACGGAUACGAGUUCGAAUACCGUGCAACCUGCAUUUCAGUCUAAGUUGUGUCAGCAUGCAAUUUGAGUGUAACGAGUAUCACUAUUAUCUUGAUAUCCACAAUGUUCAAUGCACAAUGUGUAGUAACAACAGCCAGCGAGGAAUCAGACAUUUGGAGCUUCUUCACUGGUCACCAUGGUCUGAAGAUUUGCAAAUGGUUCCGAAUACUGCAAGUCAUCCCUAUUUAAAUGGCCAAGAAGCAACUGAAGACAUUUGGAGAUAGGACAUUAGCCUGAGGAUUGCUUGUAUGCCCUCAACCAACCACAACAAUUGUCCCUUGUGCUGUUAUGACUACAACCAAUUGAGUUUUCCUCCUUAUUACCAUUAACUUCAGUUUUGGUAGGGCUCCUUGAUGUCAAAGGCAGUCACUGUCAGGCUGAUGAGAAUGAUGACCCGCAGGGCCAUCCUUUCACCUCCUGCAAGUCUAUUU